AUGCCAUUAGCUCCACAGUGCGAUGUUCUUUGGGACAAUGACAACCUUCUACGUAACACAAAUAAAACUGAAGAUCAUUAUUCACCGAAAAACGAUUCAGAUGUGUCGUUGUCAAUAAUAAGUAACAUUGCUACUGCUAGUAGCGCCAAUAUUACCAAUACCGCCACAACAAAAGAAGCAGCCAUGAUAUCCGAAAUUGAGAUUACCGAAAUUGCGAAAAAAGGUGAAAAAGCAGACCCAUCACAGUUUGAACUAUUAUCUAUGAUUGGGCAAGGUUCAUUUGGCAAAGUAUUGCUUGUGAAAAAAACACGUGGACGUGAUACUGGACAAUUGUUUGCUAUGAAAAUUCUGAAGAAAGCUACUCUGAAAGUUCGUGACCGAUAUCGUACGAAAGCGGAACGAGAUAUCUUGGCUCGAUUUCGUCAUCCAUUCAUUGUUCGACUUCAUUACGCAUUUCAAACCGAAGGAAAAUUGUACCUCAUCCUUGAUUUCCUACCUGGCGGAGAUCUUUUUAAUCGCUUAUCUAAAGAAAUAAUGUUCACCGAAGAUGAUGUCAAAUUCUACCUAGCCGAGAUUGCUUUAGCUCUUGGACAUUUGCAUUCCUUAGGUAUUGCAUACAGGGAUUUGAAACCGGAAAACGUUCUGUUGGAUGCUGAGGGACAUAUCAAUCUUACGGAUUUCGGAUUAUCGAAAGAAUCUGUUGAAAAAAACGGGAAAACAUUUAGUUUUUGUGGUACUGUGGAAUAUAUGGCACCAGAAGUAGUUAAUCGACAUGGACAUACAGUUGCUGCCGAUUGGUGGAGUUUUGGUGUUCUCAUGUAUGAAAUGCUAACUGGCGAUCUUCCAUUCCAUGGUAAUAGCCGUAGGGAAACGAUGUCAAUGAUUUUAAGGGCAAAAUUAGCAAUGCCACAAUCAUUAUCAGCUGGAGCUCAACAUUUAUUAAAGGCUCUCUUCAAACGCAAUCCGGCAAAUCGUUUAGGCUGUUCAACUGAUGAUGUGAAACAGAUUAAAUCGCAUCCAUUUUUUGAUACAAUCAACUGGGACAAAUUGUACAGACGAGAAGUUGAGCCACCAUUCAAACCGUUGUGUACACCAAGUAAUCAUACACGUUGUUUUGAUCCGGAAUUCACGAAAAAAACACCUCAUGACUCACCUGCCUUACCACCUUCCGCUACUGCUCACGAAUUAUUUCGUGGCUUCAGUUACGUUGCUCCCUCCAUUCUGUCUAAUGAUAAGCCAAGUUUAUCCGUCAGUGUCAUCGCUUCGCAUCUUCAGGGAGCCGAGAAAACAUAUAUUUUCGAUGAAUACAACUUCGCUGAGAAUCUUGGAGUUGGCUCAUUUUCAGUGUGUAAAAGGUGCGUGCAUAAGAAAUCAGGUGCUGAAUUUGCCGUAAAGCUAUAUGCCGUCUAUGAGGAUAGCGCAAAUGUUUAUUUGGUAGAAGAGAUGUGCAGAGGUGGUGAACUGUUAAGCAGAAUUAUGACCUUGAAGCAUUUCUCGGAAAGGGAAAGCGCUGCUGUGAUGUUAAGACUUGCCAAUGCUAUCAACUAUUUGCAUUCAAAUCAGGUGGUGCAUCGUGAUUUAAAACCAUCCAACAUAAUGUAUGCAUCGAAGACGGCUGAUCCGGACUCCAUCAGGAUAAUCGACUUCGGAUUUGCGAAACAGUUACGUGCUGAGAAUGGUUUACUGAUGACCCCAUGUUAUACGGCUCAGUUUGUUGCACCAGAAAUCCUGAAAAAGCAAGGAUAUGAUAUGAGUUGUGAUAUUUGGUCACUUGGAGUACUACUUUUUACUAUGCUUAGUGGCGAAGCACCAUUUGCAACGAGUGAAAAUGAUUCGCCACAAAAAAUCUUGAAACGUGUUGGUCAGGGGAAAUAUUCGUUGAAUGGUCAAACUUGGACAAAUAUUUCGGAACAGGCAAAGGAUCUUGUCCGACAUCUUUUACAUGCUGAUCCAUCCAAACGUCUCUCAGCCAAGCAAAUCCUUAUUCAUCCGUGGGUUGUCCAUCUUAAUUCACUAUCGACGAUGCGUUUAAAUUUUUUCAACGAUCCGUCCAAAGUAAUGGAUGCAUUAGAUAAAACAUAUCAUGCACUGACCAGUGCAACCACUUUAGUUCCACUACGACCUGUUAUUGAAUCCGCCCUUGCACGUCGUCGACGUUUGAAUCGAAUGAAGAGUGUUAUGGGUGAUGAUGAUAUCAUCGAAGUAGCUACUAGCUCUGUAUUACCUAAUGAAUGCAAUAUUGCAACUGAUUAA